GGUUCUUGCUGCUGCUUCCUGAAGACUCUUUGGUUUCUUCUGAAGAGCAGUGAACAAGACUGUUUUCAUGGAGCAGAAGAACCAGAGUGGGCGAGUGAAUGAAUUUGUGCUGCUGGGCUUCCCAGCUCCUACCCCGCUGCGGGCACUGCUGUUCUCUCUUUCUCUGCUGGCCUAUGUAUUGGUGCUGACUGAAAACACACUCAUCAUUACAGCAAUUAGGAACCAUCCCACCCUCCACAAACCCAUGUAUUUCUUUCUGGCUAAUAUGUCCUUCCUGGAAAUCUGGUAUGUCACCGUCACAAUUCCAAAGAUGCUUGCUGGCUUCAUUGGGUCCAAACAGAACCGUGGACAGCUGAUCUCCUUCGAGGGCUGCAUGACUCAGCUCUACUUUUUCCUGGGCUUGGGUUGCACAGAGUGUGUCCUCCUGGCUGUUAUGGCCUAUGACCGCUAUGUGGCCAUCUGCCAUCCCCUCCACUACCCUAUCAUUGUCAGCAGCCGACUGUGUGUGCAGAUGGCAGCUGGCUCCUGGACUGGAGGUUUCAGCAUCUCCAUGGUCAAAGUUUUUCUCAUUUCUCGCCUCUCUUACUGCGGUCCCAACAUCAUUAAUCAUUUCUUCUGUGAUGUCUCCCCAUUGCUCAACCUCUCAUGCACUGACAUGUCCACAGCAGAGCUUACAGACUUUAUCCUGGCCAUUUUUAUCCUGCUGGGGCCACUCUCUGUCACCGGGGCCUCCUAUAUGGCCAUCGCUGGUGCUGUGAUGCGAAUCCCUUCAGCUGCUGGUCAGCAUAAAGCCUUUUCAACCUGUGCCUCCCACCUCACUGUUGUGAUAAUCUUCUAUGCAGCCAGUAUCUUUAUCUAUGCCCGGCCUAAGGCACUCUCAGCUUUUGACACUAACAAGCUGGUCUCUGUACUCUAUGCUGUCAUUGUACCAUUGCUUAACCCCAUCAUUUACUGCCUGCGCAACCAAGAGGUCAAAAGAGCCCUGCGCCACACUUUACAACUGUGCCAGAGUCAGGAUGCUAGUGCCAAGAAAACUAGUGGAGAUGGGUAGGGAGGAGUUGAGAAACCUG